AUGAAAGAUUUACCACCACUUCAGAUUCCAUCAGAUGGAAAAAGAAUCCUGCCGACUGACGCUAGCGAUAAGAAUUGGGGAGCGGUCCUAUUAGAGGAGGACACCAACAGCAAAAGAAAGGUGUGCGGGUACAAGAGCGGAGCAUUCAAAGAUUCCCAACUCCACUACCACUCUACACUAAAAGAGAUCUUGGCGAUCAAAAUGGGAAUAAUGAAGUUUGAAUUCCACCUCAUCGGUCAUAAUUUUUUGGUAGAAAUCGAUUUCUCAUCCUUUGAAGGAAUGCUCACAUUCAAGCAAAACAAAGCUGUCAAUGCCCAAUUACUCCGAUUAGCCACGUGGUUCUCUCGUUACACCUUUCAAGUCAAACACAUCAAAGGAAAAUCAAACACCAUCCCAGAUUUCCUGUCAAGGCCAAACCGGAGUACUAUAAAUAUAAUCUCCCCAGAAACUAAACAACCCAUCCCUCUAGUUUUCAUGGCAAACCCUGCAGCAAUCAUCUCUACAUUUCCAAAAGAUGUCCAAAAGGUUAUCAACAACAAAACCCCAGAAAUAAAGGCCAUCCAAAAUGCCCUAGAUAUCCAAUCUACCCUUAUUAGAGGUCAUGGAAAAUCAAUGGCAAAAGAGUUAGGCUUCCAUCCAAAGUACCCAUUUGCCAAACUCCUUCACAUGGAGAAUACCAUUUUUAUGCCAAAAAAGAUUACCCACAUGUUCUGGUACUUAAUGAGCUCCUACACUAUUGCUAUUGAGGUUCACACCAUAGGACUUUGA